AUGUCGGCCUUGCUGAAAGAAGUUCCCGCGCAAGCUGAAGCCAGGACGCCAGAGCGCCCUUUGGGCCGACUAUAUGACUCCAACGCCUUGCGGUGGUUUGCCACUUGGGGCUCUGAGGUCGUGCCGAGGGUCAGCGUCGCCGGGGGAGUGAUUGGGCUCAUUCUGGUGAACUCCACCAUGCCGCAGGUGGUUCGGACCUCCGAUGGCAAGAUGCCGCAGCUGUCCAGGCAAAUGUGGAUCCGCAUGUGCCUGCGCAUCACGCCCUUGGCUGGUGGCCUGAAAGCCGCCCAGUACGCGGUGAUGCGAGAGAUGAAGCUGUCGCUGGACCAGGUCUUGCACCCGGCGGCCUCCACCAUGCUGGCCUUCGGGGUCAUCGGCACGGGCUUCCAAUCCGUGAUCUACAACACCCUCAUCUCGGAGAUGUACAAGAUCUACACCGGCAAGGCCAAGACAAUGUCAAUGAAGGAGCUUGCCCGGGGGGUCCAGCCGGGCAUUGUGUGGUGCUUCGCUCGCGAGAGCUUGUCCAUGGGCGGAGGCUUGUACCUGGGGCCUGUGGUGAAGACAAAGCUGGCUGCAGUCUUGAAAGACGAUGAUGGCAAACACAGUAUCGGCGGUGUUCACCUGUCCGAGGGGGUGCUUCGAUUCGGCUCGGGCUUCCUUUCUGGCGCGUGCACGGCCUUUGCCACUCAGUGGGUUCACAACGUAUCCUUGUUUGCAGGACGUUUGGCGGCCACAGGAGAGGCACAGGGCGCUCCGUUCUAUACAGGUGCGGCAUGGUCCAGGGCGUACAAGGAGCUGGGCAUGUCGGUCUUCUAUGCGAACUACCCUCACCGCAUGUGCCUCAUUGCCGGAGCUGUAGCGCUGCUGAAUUUUGUGGACAUUUUCCACCGCCCAGAGCUGCGGAUGCUCCUGGAGCAGUUGGCGGCGCUAGUGCCCGGCCCUGCAGCCAGAAGUGCCCUGGAGGAGGCGGCGGAAAAGCGCCGGGCACUCGGCAAGGUUCAAGGGGAAGCUGCCGCGCAGCUUUUCACAAGGCUAGCUGUGCUUUGCCGCCAGCUCGGGGACGAGGAAUCGGCCGCUUCCUACGAGGAGCAGGCGCGGCUGUCCUCAGAGAAGUCGACUCUCGGCGAGACUGCCGUGGGCCGCGCCUUUGAAGCAGCAUGCCGGCUUGAUGCCUUUCUGCUGCAGACAGAGGCUGAAGGCUGGCAUGAAGCCGCCCUGGCUUUGGAGGCCUGCGCCGCGUUCCGCAAAGUUCCGGGAAUGACGCAGGACUUGGGAGAAUGGUCCGCGCUGCUUCAGCGGGCCGCCAGGCUGCAGCCCGACCCGGAGACAUGGAAGUUCCUGGCUGAGCGCUUGCAGCUGAGCCCGGCCUGGGCCUUGCCUAAGCUUAGAGCUUUUGAUCAUGGACACACCGGCCAAUGA